AUGUCAGUCAUACGGUCUUGUUUGAAUGAAACUGCUCGCUUUCACACAUUCGUGGCAAAUCGUGUAAAUGUUAUUCGAGAAGGAUCUGAGACAUCACAAUGGAGGUAUGUAGAUUCUAAAUCUAAUCCUGCAGAUGACUCUUCUAGAGGACUUGAUGUAGCUGACUCAGCUCGGCAGAAUAGGUGGUUGGAUGGUCCAUCAUUUCUAUGGAAACCUGAGACCGAAUGGCCUACAUGCAGUGCCUUUUCUACUGCACUCCCAGAUACUGACCCAGAGAUAAAGAAAGAGGUACAUACAUCAGUUCUAAUGAAUCCAUCCCCUGGAAUCUUGGACAGAUUCAUGUCAUACUACUCAAGCUGGAUGAAUUUGAAGAUAGCCAUUUGUUGGAUUUUGGUAGUAAGGGAGAAGCUUCGGAAAUUGUCUACAAUGCGUAAGGAAGUGGGAGAAGCAGUAAGGAAAACAUUUAUGGAUCCAAUAGAACAAGAGAAAGUUGUUGAUGACAAAAUGAAAGAGUUCAAAAGGGUGUCAAAGAAUUAUGACUUCAAGGCUUUGACACCAGAUUCCCAAAGGAUUACAUGUGGGAGCCAUUUGUACAAAUUAGAUCCAGUAGUAAAAGAUGGACUCAUUCGAGUUGGAGGCUGCCUGGAAUGUGCAGUAUUAUCGGAGAGUAUUAGACAUCCUAUAGUUCUACCCAAGGACUCCCCUGUGUCACAUCUCAUUAUAGAUGCUGUACAUAAAUCUGUUGGACAUCUUGGUAGGAAUGCCAUGCUGAACAGCUUCCGUCAGAAGUAUUGGAUUUUAUGUGCCAACACCUUAGUGAGGAGAGCUGUAGCCAGAUGCAUUGUGUGCCGAAGAUACAGGGCCAAAAUAGGUGAACAAAAAAUGGCAGAUCUGCUAUCCAAGCAUGUCACACCAGAUAACCCUCCAUUUACGCAUACCGGAGUUAAUUACUUUGGACCGUUGGCAGUCAGACGAGGUCGUUGA